UAUUUCAUAAUGACUCUGUUUAUGACAAUAGUUCCUUUAGGUCACGUUAAAGUACACGGUGUAACGAUAAAGAAAAGUAGUAAGAGUUGUAAUUAUAGGAUAUAUACAAUCGUACGAUGGGGAUGUAUAGUAUAGAAAACAUGUUACAUACUAUUGUGAAUAACAUGCAGGAUACACUCGUAUAUACUCACACCAUAUGAAAGAUCGUUUACGGGGAUAGUAAGUACGUUCCGCUUUACAAUUCGCUUCGUGCAGUCGAGAAUAGUCUAUCAAAGGACAAGCAACUUUCGCGGAAGAUUUAUUUUCAAAUACUAUUUAAACGCGCGAAAAUUAAGGAAGCGCCGAUCGAUAGAUAUCAUGAUGGAAUUAAAAGAAACGUUAAUUCUUAUUUACGACGUUUUAUUAUUCUUGAUAAUGUCAAUAUUCUAUAUAUUCGAAACAAUAAUAUUCACGUUCAUCCCGCGACGUUAUCGUGAAAAAUCUAUCAAAGGGGAAAUAGCUUUGAUUACUGGAGGUGCUGCUGGAAUUGGUAAAUUGAUCGCUCAGAAAUUAUCUCAUUUGGGUGCUAACGUUAUCAUUUGGGAUAUAAAUAAAUCAGCACUCGAAGAUACGGUAAAUGAAAUAAGGAGACACGGUGGAAAAUGUUGGGGAUAUUAUUGCGAUAUUUCUGAUCGAGAGGAAAUAUUUAAAAUUGCGAAAUCUAUUAAAAUUGAGAUUGGUAAUAUAUCAUUAUUGAUAAAUAAUGCUGGUUACGUAUAUGGCAAAAAUCUUUUGGAUAUACCAGACGAAGAAAUCGAACGUACAUUUAAAAUAAAUAUAUUGGCGCAUUACUGGACUAUCAAAUCAUUUCUAAAAGAAAUGAUGAAAGAAAAUUAUGGACAUAUCGUAACAAUAGCAAGUGUUGCUGGUCUAUUAGGAACUUACAAUUGCACUGAUUAUUCAGCCACGAAAUCUGCUGCCAUUGGACUUCACGAAAGUCUUUUUUCAGAACUCAAAGCUCAUGGAUACGAAGGGAUUCAUAUGACACUCGUUUGCCCUUAUCUCAUUGAUACGAAAAUGUUUAAUGGUGUUAAACCUAGAUUAAUGAAAAUGCUCGAACCCGAGUACGUUGCCGAAGAAGUAGUAAAAGGAAUAUUAUUGGAUAAAGUAAAUGUUACUUUACCUAACAGUGUCAGACUUCUUUUGCCACUUAAAUGUUUAUUACCUGCAAAAAUGUGUUGGGAUUUAAUGUAUCGUAUAAUACGUGGACCACAAUCCAUGAUGAUGUUUAAAGGACGAGAAAGUACAGAAAUGCUUCAAGAGAAUAACAAUAUUACUGAAAAGACUGAAAAAGUACACCUACAGUAA